UACACAGGGCAAGACUUCAAAUUGAUCAUAAUGUGUUUUCAGGUAAAUCCUCCUGUUUAUGUAUUAUUUUUAGGGCUUGUAGAGGCCAGUGGGAAGCAAACACCCAAUCCACAUCAUGCAGAUGCUGAGGAAACUGGGGAAGAAGGAGAAACAAAACCAAAGCAUAAACCCUUUGUGCCAGCUUUGGUGCCUCCCAAAAUUCCUGAUGGAGAGAAAGUUGAUUUUGAUGAUAUUCACCGCAAACGUAUGGAGAAAGACCUGACGGAGCUACAGACGCUCAUUGAGGCUCACUUUGAGAGCAGAAAGAAAGAAGAAGAGGAGCUGAUCAACCUCACUCAACGGAUUGAGAACCGGAGGGCAGACCGAGCGGAGCAGCACCGGGUCCGCACAGAACGCGAGAGAGAGCGGCAAAACAAACUAGCCGAGGAAAAGGCACGAAAAGAGGAGGAAGAGGCCAAGAGGAAGGCUGAUGAUGACGCUAAGAAGAAGAAAGUUCUUGCGAGCUUCCAGUACACCGGCUACAUGCAAAGGACAGACAAGAGGGGCGGGCCUAAGAAGCAAACCGAGAGGGAAAAGAAAAAAGCCAUUCUUAGCGAACGUCGUAAGGAACUGAAUACUGGAAACCUGAGUGCCGAUAAACUGAGAGAAACCGCGAACGAACUCUGGAAGUGGAUGCGCCAACUUGAAGCCGAGAAGUUCGAGCUGCAAUACAGAUACAUGUGCCAGAAAUAUGAAAUCACCAUCCUUAGGAAUCGUGUCAGCGACCAUCAGAAAAAUACCAAAGGUUCGAGGAGUAAGAGAGGACUACGAAAAUAAAGCAGUUUCACGGAGACACCAGCAACUUCUACCACACUGAUAUUUUAAUCAUAAAUAAUAUGCUUUAAUAUAAUAAUCUACAUUCUGGUCCUCGUGUAAUAUUUUUUUGUUGCACUGCAAAGAAUAAAAAUAGCCAUCUGAUUGAAAUAUAAAUAACUUGUAAUUUGAAAUGAAUGACACUUAAUUAUAUGCAUGUCAUCAUAUGCAAAGUGCCACGAUGUGUAUAGCUAUCAUUUAUGAUUGUAUUAUCUUGUUGAUGUAAUGUUAAUGAAUCAUAAUACGUGAAGUGAAAGUAGACAUAAUUGAAAUAUAAAAGCGUUGCAUGCAUUUUCAGAGAAUUCCAAGCAUGAUUGUAAAUGUUUACGAAACAGUCUAAAAACUAAUUUAUUCUAACAUAUAUACUAAGCAUAUGCUUUAGUAUUUUUUUGCAUGCAUAAUACACAGUG